CAUUCUAAUAUACACACACACACACAAAAAAGAGUCGACGGUACAACAGCGGUCUUGUCUAGUACGCAAAAACAGUUUCGGCGUCUUCCUCACAUUACUUUUCUCAAUCAAUACCGUCUUCUCCUCUCCAUCCAUUAUCUCUCUCUCUCUCCCUCACGGAUUCGUAACUUCUUCUCAGUGCUUCUCCGUCAUCUUCGCAUUAUUGAUUCUUACUUUUUCCCUGUAAGCUCGACACGUGGAUUGUUCCCCUGCUUUUUCUUUUGUUUUUUUUUGCCUCUUUUCGUGAAGAUUCGUUUCCUGUAUCUGUGCAGACUUGCAAUGGAGUAAGUUUCCUAAAUUAGCUCGGCUCUAGAUCCUAGUUUCUUUAAUUAGCUUGUCCGGUGAAGGAAUUAGUGACUGGAUCAACUAGAUACUAUCGAUUCCGUAUGCUGCGGCUUUCGAUUUCGUGGAUUUGUAUUUGGAAAUUUUGCCGAUUUUUCUGAUUCUGUCCUGCUGGUAAAGGUCUCGUGAUUAGCGGAGGAGAUCUGGAGUUCUUAGUUUUAGGAUCUUACGAGCGAGCAAUUGUUGACUUUUGAUUUUGCCACAGUUUUAUUCACGUGUGUAGGCUUAGUUGAUUCAGAUUCAAGUUAGAAGCAGAAUCAGAAUCUGCAAAUACCUGUUGUUUUAGAAACUAUAGAGAUGCAGACUAGGGUUGUACAGUUGGAAGAAGGGAAAGAAACUGGAAUCACGGUUAGAACAGGGCAGUACAAGGCAUUUCCUUCGAAGCUGCUUCUUCUGCUAGGCUUUUUUCUUGCUUUUGCUAUUACUGUCUUCAUCAUUAGUGUAUCUACUAUCAAGUAUACUGGAAUACAAAGUGUAGUGACCACAGUGACUUCGAGCUUUGUGCCAUGCCGUGAGGAUGAACCCAGUGGUUUUAGUCAAUGGAUACUACCUCCUGCUGUUCUGAUGCAUAAUAUGAGCGACGAAGAGCUCCUUUGGCGCGCUUCUUUUUGGCCUCGGAGAAAAGAAUAUCCCUUUAAAAGGGUUCCAAAGAUUGCGUUUAUGUUCUUGACUAAAGGCCCCUUGCCGCUUGCUUUGCUUUGGGAGAGGUUUUUCAAGGGUCACAAUGGGCUUUACUCGGUUUACCUUCAUCCACACCCAUCUUUUACAGCCAAGUUUCCAGCUAACUCUGUUUUCCACCGGAGGCAGAUACCCAGCCAGGUUGCAGAAUGGGGGAGAAUGUCCAUGUGUGAUGCAGAGAAGCGGCUUCUCGCCAAUGCGCUGCUUGAUAUCUCCAACGAAUGGUUUAUUCUAGUCUCAGAGUCAUGCAUUCCACUCUACAACUUCACAACCAUCUACAGCUACUUAAGCCGAUCAAAACACAGCUUCAUGGGUGCUUUUGAUGACCCUGGACCGUAUGGGCGCGGCCGCUAUAACUCGAACAUGGAACCAGAAGUCCCCAUUACCAAAUGGCGAAAAGGGUCUCAAUGGUUUGAGAUUAACAGGGACCUAGCAGCUACCAUUGUCAAAGACACAUUGUAUUACCCGAAAUUCAAAGAGUUUUGCAGACCCGCUUGCUAUGUGGACGAGCAUUACUUCCCGACAAUGCUGACAAUUGAGAAACCAGAGGUCUUGGCUAACCGGAGCUUGACAUGGGUGGACUGGUCGAGGGGAGGGCCCCACCCUGCCACGUUUGGGCGAUCUGACGUUACAGAGAAUUUCUUUGUAAAGAUCUUUGAUGGAAGAAACUGCACUUACAAUGGGCGCAACACUUCCAUGUGCUAUCUUUUUGCGAGGAAGUUUGCUCCGAGUGCUCUGGAGCCUUUGCUUAGCAUUUCUCCGAAGAUUCUUGGAUUUUGAGUAGUUUAGUAAUGUCUCUGAACCUCUUAGACAUCAAAUAGAGAACACGGAAUGGGUGAGAUAAUGGAUUCUAUGGGAGAUUAUACGCCGAUAUUAUUUUAUUUUGUUUGUUGUGAUGUAAGUUGGGAAGAAAUGAGGUAUUAGUAGAGAGAACUCUAGGUUGCUCAACCACAACAGGAGCCAAGUCAUAUGUAACUUUAUAUUUUUAAAGAAUUACUACUAUGCUAUGCAUAGAUCAUUUUUUCUUCCGGAUAGUCUUGGAACAUUAGUUGUCCGAUGCACGAAAUAGGACAGGUUUAUUAUAUA